AUGGGCCACAGCAGCUUGAAUGGUCAGCAUGUGGACAAUGUUCCCCUCUGGAUCGACAAUAAGCCGGUGCAAUCGGGAACCACAUUCAGUGUCAUAAAUUCGACGUCUCAGAAGACAGUAUGGACUGCAUCGUCUGCCACUGUGGAACUUGCUCAAGCGGCCGUUGAAUCUGCUUCCAAAGCAUUUCAAUCAUGGGCGCACACCCAUCCAACAGAGAGAAGGCGCAUUUUCUUCAAAGCUGCAGAAUUGUUCAGAUCCCGACGGGACGAGAUCAUUGACAUCAUGGUUCAAGAGACCAACUGCAGCAGACAAUGGGCUGCUGGAAUCAAUAUGCACAUGGGAGUUGAGUUCUUGGAAGAACUCGCCAGCCUUGCCACUUCUUCCUGUACUGGUUGGUUACCGACGACAGAAACUGAAAGUCGUUUGGCUCUUGUCUUCAAGGUGCCCUAUGGCGUUGUCCUAGGGAUUGCGCCGUGGAACGCCCCCUUCAUCCUAGCAAUUCGAGCAGUAGCCACACCGAUCAUAUGCGGAAACACCGCAGUCCUCAAGGCGUCAGAAUUGAGUCCUAAGACUCACAACAUCAUUGGACAAGUUUUCCGCGACGCAGGCUUGCCGCCUGGAGUGCUAAAUAUCGUGCAGCACUGCCGUGAAGAUGCAGCCGAGGUGAUAAAUGCCAUGAUAUCGCACCCAGCAGUUCGAAAAAUCAACUUUACAGGUUCGACGGCGGUGGGGAGAAUCAUUGCACAGCAAGCUGGCCGUUACCUCAAGCCUGUCUUGUUGGAGCUGGGCGGCAAGGCUUCGUGCAUUGUCCUUGAAGACGCGGACUUGAUCAAAGCCGCAAAGGCCGUUGUGAUGGGAGGGUUCUUGCACCACGGCCAAAUCUGCAUGGCGACAGAGCGAGUCAUCGUCAUGCGGCGGGUUUCCCAGGAAUUCUUGAAGAUACUGAAAACAGAAGCAGAAGCAUUUGUCGCCGGCAAUGCCGUGUCUACAGAUGGGGCGAAGAGAACAGAGUCCUUGGUCGAAGCUGCAGUAGAACAGGGCGCUCACCUAGAAUUUGGACAUGCCAUGCGUCUCAAUGCAUCUCUUCAACCAACAAUUCUCAGUGGCGUAACAAAGGACAUGGCAUUGUUCUAUACCGAGAGCUUUGGGCCGACAAUCAGUCUGACCAUCGUCGACACUGUGGACGAAGCAGUUAGCUUGGCUAACGACUCGGAAUACGGUCUCUCAGCGAGCAUAUUUUCCCAGAAUAUUCCGAAGGCGUUGAAGUGUGCCAAACGGAUCGAGACUGGCGCCUGCCAUAUCAAUGCCAUGACGAUCCACGAUGAACCUUUUCUUCCACAUGGAGGAGCAAAAGAGAGUGGGUUCGGUAGAUUCGGGGGCCAGUGGGGAAUGGACGAGUUUCUCCAAGUCAGAACCAUAACAAUACUAGACGAGGAAAGUAAUAGUUAG